CUAACACACACACACACACACCUCCGAUCACACGGUUAGACAGAAAACACACACAGCAGUUAGUUUCCAACUGUUGGAGAAAGAGAGCGGAUGAAAGACACGAUGUAGAAGCGUGUGCAGGUAGACGAGUGUACAGGUAGACGGGUCAUCAGGUAGACGGGUCGACAGGUGUGUUCAGACAUCAGGAUCAUCAUCAUGUCCAUCAGCGUGAAUCUGAGGAAGAUCUCCAACCUGCCGGGACGAUACGACAGAAAGAUUGAACUCUGCUUCCGAGGUUUCACCCAUAAAACCAAAGUCCUGCAGUGUGAGAACGUGGCCGUCUUCAACGAGCAAUUCCGGUGGCCUCACUAUGGUAAAGUGAUCAGAAAUGAAGUUUUGACCGUCAGCGUUUAUAACAGCAGUAAAGUCUUCACUAACAGACUGCUCGGUAAGCUGGUCGUCAGCCUCCAGCAUGUUGUUACCGCCGGGAGGCUGUUGCUACGGGAACCUCUCACAGAUAGCAACUACAGCCUGACUGAUAUUUUCAUCGAGUUGGACAUUCGAUAUCAUCCAGUCGAGGGAGUAGCAGGAAGCUGGGAGGGAGGCGACUUCCUGAAAGUCGAAGACAAGGAUGAUUCAUCGCUGGUCAUCAAGAAUACAACAUUUAAGGAUCCUGAAAGUCAGCUGACUGUCUCUCGCUCCGUUCAGCUGGACAGAGAGGUCCGGGCUCUCGGGCGGGGCCUGAUCCGGAACGGGGAUGAAGAUUACGACGAUGACGACGAUGAUGAUUUCGAUGAUGACAUCAUGGACUGGGAGGAGUCCGACAUCAUCUUCACUCCUCUGCUCAGUCGUCAAAGGCCGAUGAACAGAAGCGUUGCCGUGGCGAUGCCCAGAGUCCAAAACUUCCAGCUGAACGUGAACAUCCUGGAGGCCCAGCGGCUGGUUGGAGUGAACAUCAGCCCUGCCGUUUUCAUCAGAGUCGGGAAUCAGAAAAAACACACCGCCACGCAGAAAUCCACCAACUUCCCGUUUUACAGCGAGAACUUCCAGUUUGAGUUUCAGGAGACUCCAGAGAUCCUCUUCGAUAAAGUCAUCGAAAUUAAGGUGUUCCACCGGCGGCUUCUGGCCUUCAUGAUGACCCACAUCGGAACCUUUAAGAUCGACAUCUCCACCGUGUUCAACCAGCCAGACCACCGGUUCUACCAGAAGUGGGCCCCUCUCACGGACCCGGAAGACACCAGGUCGGGGAUCAAGGGUUACGUCAAGGCCAGCCUCUCUGUGCUGAUGACGGGAGACCCCGUGAUCAUAAACAGCAUGCCGUCCACCUCCUUGUCUGGAGCCAGCGAGGACAUCGAAAAGCACCUGCUGCUUCCUCGGGGGAUGGCUGCCGAGCGGCCGUGGUCCCGGUUCCGGGUCCGGAUCUACAGGGCCGAGGGUCUGCCCACCAUGGAGGCGGGGCUGAUGGCCAAGAUGUCGAAGGCCACCGACCGGACGAUCUUCAUCGAUCCCUACGUACACGUCACCUUUGCCGGACAACAGGGGGAGACGUCGGUCGCCAGCGCCACCAACUAUCCGGUGUGGAACGAGGAGAUCUCUUUCAUCGAGCAGUUCCCUCCUCUGGCUCAGCGAAUCAGAAUCCAGGUCCUCGACGAUGCCAAGAUGGGAGACAUCGCCCUGGCAACGCACUACCUGGACCUGCAGCAGAUUUCUGACCACACCAGGAACGGCUUCAACCCCACCUUCGGACCAGGCUGGGUGAACCUGUACGGUUCUCCUAAGAACUCGACCCUCGGAGACGUUCACCAGGCCAUGAACCAGGGUCUGGGUGAAGGGAUCUUCUACCGCGGUCGGAUCCUUCUCGCUCUCUCUGUGGAGGUUUACUCCUCGCCUGUUGACGCCACCCCAGAAAGAAGCACUGCCGCCUUAGGAAGGAUGAAGGGAGCGCUGGGGAAGCUCACCCUGAAGAAGAAGAGGGCCAGCAAGAAGGGGAAGAACAAGGAAGCAUCUACCAGCGCAUUGGUCGGCGACUCUGGGGAGGCUGAAGUCGAGGUACCAGAGGCUGUUACCGUGGAGGUUGAGGAGAUCCACCCGCUGCCCGAGGGUUUCCUUGGAGAACUGGAGGACUUCCUGUUGUUUGGAUCUCUGUUUGAAGUCACUAUGAUGGACCCGUCUGUGGCAACCAAACCGUUGACCUUUGAACUCUCCAUAGGGAAUUACGGGAAGGCCGUCGGGGUCGUGGUAUCCAAGAAGAGCAAAGAGGAGGAGCUAAGGAGGAGCAGGGAGGAGCUAAGGAAUAGCAGGGAGGAGAUAAGGAUGAUCAGGGAGGAGUUGAUGAUGAGCACGGAGGAUCUAACCGAGGAAAUGCAGAGUCUGCUGGAGUUAGAGGAGGAGCUGGAGAGAGAGGAGGUGCGGAGUCCCGAACCCGAGUCCAGAUCUGUGUCCGCUCCCAUCAGACCCCAGGCCACCGAGUACGACAGGUCGUUCCAGUGUAUUCCUUUGCAGCCUCCCUCCGACAGACAGAAGCUGUGUCUGUUUGUCUGGUGUCAGUUUGAGAACCACAGCUCUCGUCUCUAUCAGGCCAACUGGCUCAACAAGACGGCCGACCGGCUGGAGUUCGGCCUGGAUGAGGUGGAGCGUCUCUUGAGGAGGCCGAGGAGCAACUCGAAGGAGCGCCUGGUGGACGUGCUGCUGGAGCUGGUGGCCGCCUGCAAACAGUUUAAUGUCUUCGCAGACCGGAGGGGCAAUUCUCGUCCCAACAAACUGGACAGAUGCAGGAAGGAGUUCAUCAAGAAGAAUUUGCUAUUUCUGGCCAGACAGGCAGUGAGGUUCAGGCGGAGGAUGACCAGGCGGUUGGUCCCACAGCGGUUGAUGGACAGCAGGAAACUUCUGAAGAAACUCCGCCUCCUGGCUAAAGAGCCCCAGGCCACCAUCCCAGACGCCUUUCUCUGGUUACUGAGUGGCGGCAAGCGGUUGGCUUACGUCAGGAUCCCCGCCUACUCCAUCCUCUUUUCAUUGGUGGAGGAGCAGAAGGGGCGGGACUGUGGCAGACUCACCACCCUCUACAUGAAGUCUCCAGGAGGUCCAGCGAGUCAGAUCUUUGCGAAGCUGGAGGUCUACCUGUGGCUCGGUCUGGCCAAGUACAGCAAAGAGGUGACCAACUCGCUGCCGGACGAGUUCAAGCCGGUUUAUGAGGAAGACGAGAAGGAGCAGAAGAGGCUGUGCAGCGCGGGGAAGAGGGAGCUUCCUGUCACACUGUCCUGCCAGGACAGCAGGUACUUCCAGCUACGGUGUCACCUGUAUCAGGGGCGUGGCCUGAUGGCUGCCGAUGACAACGGCCUAUCAGAUCCUUACGCCAAGGUCCUCUUCGCUACCCAGUGCCAGCAAACCAGGGUGUUGCAUGAGUCUCUCUCUCCAGCCUGGUGCGAGUCUUUGUUGUUUGACAGAGUUCUGCUGGAGGGGUCGAGGGAGGAUAUCCAACGAGACCCGCCUCUCAUCAUCAUCAACAUCUACGACCACAACGCCGUGAGCGGUCCGAAGUUUCUGGGUCGGGCGUUUGGCGAGCCGGAGUUUAAGUUCGUGGAGAAGCACUACCAGAAGCCCCACCUCCGUUACUUUGACAUCAGCUUUGGAAAGGCCCCCGCCGGUGAGCUGCUGGCCACCUUCGAGCUCAUCGAGCUGGACUACUCUGGGUUCGGAGAGCCCUGCUUGCCCAGCAGUGUGGACCCGCAGGAGCUGACCUACCUGGAGGAGGAGAGAUGCUACGUCAUCCCAGAAGGAGUCCGACCUGUUCUGAAAACCUUCAGGAUUGAGGUGCUGUUCUGGGGUCUGCGGGAGCUGAAGCGGGUGCAUCUGUUUGAGGUGGAGCGCCCCGUUGUGAGGGUGGAGUGUGGAGGGCAACAGCUGGAGUCUGAAGAGAUCGUGAGCUACAAGACUCACCCCAACUUCACUGAGCUGGUCCGCUAUAUCAACGUGGAGCUGCCGGAGCAGGCCUACCUCCACCCUCCUCUAACGCUGUUUGUGGUGGAGCAGCGGGCAUUCGGUCGAUUCAUUCUGGUCGGGACCCACGUGGUCCAGAGCCUCAUAGACUACGCCCCGCGCGAGCUCGGGGCGGAGAAAGACGACGAUGAUGACGAACCAAUAGCAAAAGUGAGACAGGAUACGAAGAAAGUCCAAGAUCUGAUGUCAGUGAGGAACAUGGGACUCCACGGCCUGAAAAUGAAACAGUCAAAGAUUCCCUUCAAGUUCAAGGCUGAUCUGAAGAAGCUGUUGACAAAGGGCGUGGAGCUAAAGGAGGAGGUACCAGAGAAGGAGGAGUUGGAUUGGUGGACCAAAUACUACGCUUCACUGGAGGAGAUGGAGAGACAGGUUGCUGAGGCAGUGGAGGAGGAAGAACAAGCAGAGACCGUUGGGGCUAAUCUGACCAUGGCGAAUAUUGAAGAUUCGGAUGAGGAGGAAAGCGUGGUGGUGCCGGUCCAGCCUCCCAAACGCAAGAACAUUUCCACGCUGACGCUGUACGGAGGCGAUCUGGAGUCCGAGUUCAGUCAGUUCCAGGACCGGCUGCAGACGUUCCCGCUGCACAAAGGCAAAGCGAGCGUCGAGGAUGUGGAAGCGCCCGAGGUGGAGAGGCUGAUGGGAAAAUUCAAGGGCUCCUUCCUGGUGUAUCCGAUUGACCCGGGCGACGAAGAAGACACCACGUGUCAGAUCACCAAGGGAAUCCCCAAAAACUCAGCGUUCAAAGUCCUGGUCCGAGUCUACAUCGUCAAGGCCACGUCUCUGGCUCCCUCGGACCCGAACGGCAAAUCCGACCCGUACCUGGUGGUCCGAGCCGGACAGCAGUCGUCGAGCACCCUGGAUCGAUACAUCCCCAAACAGCUCAACCCCACGUUCGGAGAGGUCUUUGAAUUCACGGUGUCCUUCCCGCUGGAGACGGAGUUGGUCGUGGUGGUGUUGGACCACGAUAUCAUCGGGGCCGACGACGUCAUCGGCGAGACGCGGGUCGACCUGGAGAACCGAUUCUACAGCCGCCACCGAGCCUCCUGCGGCCUGGCGCUCUACUACGACACGGAAGGCUACAACAAAUGGCGCGAUACGAAGAAUCCGACGGCCAUUUUGUCUGAGCUCUGCAAGAUCAACGGCAUCCCGUCUCCAGAGUACAGGAAGCUGGAGGUCAAAGUCCUCAACAAGAUCUUUAAGAUCCCACCAGACGCAGUACCUGAAGCUCUGCUGAAGAAGAACCAGCGGUCUCCAGAGGAGGAGGAUGAGAUGGAGGAGCACGCGGCCCUGAGCGUGCUGCAUCGCUGGGGGGAGAUGAACGAGUUCCUCCACGGAGCCCUCCGUCUGGUGCCGGAGCACGUGGAGGUCCGGUCCCUGAAGAGCCCGUUGAAACCGGGCCUGCCUCAGGGUUACGUUCAUAUGUGGAUUGACAUGUUUCCGACUGAUAUUCCGGCUCCGCCCCCUGUUGACAUCAAGCCCCGCCUACCUGUAAAGUACGAGCUCCGCGUGAUCAUCUGGAACGCCGACGACGUGUUUCUGGACGAUGUCAACCCGUUCACCGGAGAACCGAGCUCCGACAUCUACGUGAAAGGCUGGAUUAAAGGACUGGAAGGAGACAAACAGGAGACCGACGUCCACUUCAACUCUCUGACCGGAGAAGGAAACUUCAACUGGAGAUUUGUGUUCUGCUUCGACUACCUUCCUACCGAGAAAGAGGUGGUGUUUAAGAAGAAGGAGUCCUUUUUCUCUCUGGAGGAGUCUGAGUUCCGCCAGCCGGCCAUUCUGACGCUGCAGGUCUGGGACUACGACCGCAUCGCCUCCAACGACUUCCUGGGCUCCAUCGAGCUGCGUCUGCACGACAUGGUGCGGGCGGCGAAGACGUCGGCCAACUGCACCAUUCAGAUGGCGAGGGAGUGGGCGGGGCCUCGGUUGUCCAUCUUUCGCGCCAAGAAGAUGAAAGGCUGGUUGCCGCUGAUCCGCCAGAAGACGGCGGCGGAAUUCGAGAAAGAGGAGAAGGAAAGGGAGGAGGCCAGGAAGAAGGGGAAGAAGAGGAAGAAGAAAAAGGACAAGAGGAGCAACAUAAAGCCGGAGGACCUCGAGUACACCGACGGCGGCGGCAACACCUUCCUGCUCAUGGGGAAGUUGGAGGUGCAGCUACAGCUGGUGGCCUUGGAGCAGGCGGAGGCCAACCCUGUGGGUCGGGCACGCAAGGAGCCAGAACCUCUGGACAAGCCAAAUCGACCCUCCACCAGCUUCACCUGGUUCAUGAACCCGCUGAAGACCUUCAUCUUCCUCAUCUGGAAGAAGUUCAAGAAAUUCAUCAUCGCCCUGGUCAUCCUCGCCAUCCUCACGCUCUUCCUCGCCCUCAUCGUCUACACGCUGCCGCAGCAGAUCUCAAACCUCAUCGUCCAAGGAUGAAGGCCCCGGGGGUCUUCAUCGCCAGACCUCCCAGGUCUCUGGUCUUCAUCUGAUCCGGGUCCCUGGCGUCAUAUUUAUACCACGAAGUCAGAUAACUCUUCAUUUCAUAUUCUGACUCGUACGCAGGGUUUUAGAAAUACCGAGGCCUUAAAACUGAAAAUAUAUAUAUUUUUUCUUAAUUACCGUCAUCUAAAUAUGUGCAUUUUAAGACAUUUGGAGAGCAAAUAUAUUUGAUAAAAAUAGCUUAGCAACCAUGUCAGUGGGCAGUAAUACACGGGUAUCCGGUUUAGUGUAGCAAUGGAUGAUUCUGCACUACAUUACCCAGCAUCCUCCUUUUUAGUCACGGGAGCAAACAUCUGGGAUUUAGUGUUUAAUCCCUUUAGUGCAGAUUUAAAUCACAUAUUUAUUAUUAUUAUUAUGUCAAUGAAAUGGACUGGAGUGGAUACAUUAGUACCUUUCUAAAACAUUAAUAUAACUGUUGUAUAAAAGUCUAAUUGUGUUGAUUGAAUAUAAUUGUAGUUGCACAUUUUAUAUUUUAAAGGUAAAUAAAAUAAAUAAAGCACAUUCAUAUUUAAAUUCACUCAGAACUGAAGUUUGUACCCGUUUGUUUAAUCUAAAUGUUAGCUGUUAUUUUCUGAGUAAAUAAAUGAAUAAUGAAAAAAGUA